AUGCCCCGAUUUAAUCGACGGGAACAGCUGCCGCUCCACAUCAAGCGCGCCAUUUGCGCGCACCACGUCGAACACCCCGUCCUGCGCCAUGUCGACCUAGCUCGAUGGUGUUUCUCCCAGUACGGGUUGCGCCCGGAUCGCUCUACGAUCGGCCGCAUCCUAAAAACCGCCGAGCGAUGGGCUGUGACGUCCGACGGCGACAACCCGGUGCGCCGUCGGGGAGGCGCCUGGCCUGAGCUGGAGCAGGCCAUGGGGCGGUGGAUAGCAAACGCAGGACCCGCCGGUGUGCCCCUCACACUCCAAACCAUCCGCGACCAUGUCGCGGCGAUGGCCAGGAACAUGGGCAUUCCGCCCACCUUCCGAUGCUCGAUCGGCUGGGUGCGCCGUGCAUUGCGGCGCCAGGGCGUGAGAUGCCGUGCGGCACAGGGCGAGGCCGCCAGCGCAGAUAUGGCGGCCGUGCGCGACGCCCGUGAGAAGAUGCCGCGAAUCCUCACGCAGCUCGGCGUCGCCCCGCGCGACACCUUCAACCUCGACGAGACUGCUCUCUGGCUGUCGGUGCUUCCGCGGCGCACGUACAGCAACGGCCGCAUACCAGGCCGCAAGCUGCCGCACGUGCAUGACGACGAGCCCAUCCCCGCAGCUUAUCCCGACAUCGAACUCGACGAUGACAUCGAUGAUGUCGGGACGCUUAUUAACAGGCUCGCCCUCGGGGAUGCGGCAAUGACGGCGGCGGAAUACGUCGCCAUCGACGACGCGGAGCCCACGUGUGCGGAAGGCACGACACACCCGCCCGUGACAGAGGAAGAGAUGCGCUUGGAGGUGGAGCUCUGGCAGGCGCCGACGACCAUGCAGGCCGUCUACGACGACGCCGACCCCGUGUGCCGUGAAGCGCGCCGCACUGCUCGUGCGGCGUGCGAGAUCCUCAUCGGCUACGCCCGGGCCACCCGCAUCACUCCGCGCGAUCUGUGCGCUCUUUUCGACAUCCGCAAUCCAAUCAUAAUCGCGCGGAUGGAGCGGGCGAGCCCGGGAUUCAAUCUCAACGUGGCGCCGCAGCCCGUACCCUCCCCCGGCGCAACCCCCACUCCCGAGACCCCUCGUCCGCGGGGCCGUGUGCUGCCCGACUGGAUGACCCGCCCGUCCCGCCGUCAGCAACUGCUUGAUGCCGGGGUGGGCGCCGUGAUGGACGGCUAUGUGGAUGCAGCUGAAUGGAUGCGUCUGUGA